AUUCUGACUAAAUUAAUGAUCAAGCCAAUAUCUAAAGUACCUUAACCGAUUCGUUGGUCAAUAAAAUAAAAGCAGCGAAAAAUUCUUAUUAUCUGCAAUAGUAUUUUAAGUUUCAAAUAAUCUCUGUGAAUACAUAAUCCUAUUUCAUAUACAAAGUUUAUUUGGUUGCUAGUUUAAGCAAUAGAGGCUACUGUUCUAACUGUUGGUUUCCAAAUAGGAUUUAUAAACCUUUACGAUGAGUUACAUGCUUGGGCAUUUACAUAAUGGAUGGCAAGUAGAUCAAGCUAUUUUGUCAGAAGAAGACAGAGUAGUGGUCAUACGCUUUGGUCAUGACUGGGACCCAACCUGCAUGAAGAUGGACGAAGUGUUGUAUAGUAUUGCAGAGAAGGUGAAAAACUUUGCUGUUAUAUACCUGGUGGAUAUAACAGAGGUUCCUGAUUUUAAUAAAAUGUAUGAGCUGUAUGACCCAUGCACUGUGAUGUUCUUCUUCCGCAAUAAGCACAUAAUGAUUGACUUGGGAACAGGAAAUAACAACAAGAUCAACUGGCCUCUGGAGGACAAGCAGGAGAUGAUUGACAUCAUAGAAACAGUGUACCGCGGCGCACGGAAGGGUCGCGGUCUUGUUGUCUCACCCAAAGACUACUCAACAAAAUACAGAUAUUAAGAAUGUAUUUCGACAUUGGAAAAGAAAUUAUAUGCUGAAGUGCCACUUGAUGGUCGUUUACAGCUAUUUGACAGUGCGCUAUGCAAGAGUUGUUCACAGGGAUACCAACUUAUCUAAUGGGCGGCAUAACACAUUGGUGACCAUCUGCAGUAAUCUGUUUGUUGGCUCUGAAUACAUUAUUGGGUAACAACUAGGACAUACAUAUGUGAUCUGUUAAUAAA